AUGGGUAUUCCAACCACACCACCCAGCGAAGCAGCGCCCGCCUACGACGACGUAAUCAACAACCACCCUGUAAAUCGGUACUCGGCAUCUGGCUCGACCUCUGCUUACACCGUAAUCCCGCAAUCCGACGACACCGAGUACCAUCAGCAUGCAGAUACCGAUAUUGAACUCCACGCGCACAACCACCACACCCCCUCGCAGCAAGCUCCUAUCCCUCUACCAGCACCCGCACCAGCACCAGCACCAGCCGAAAGCUUCACCCAGACACUAGCCAGUCUCCUUCGGCCGCGCGCCGAAACCCCGCAUACGCACUGCGCCGUCUGCGACGAGCAGGUGCUGACUGCCGCGCGGCAUAAACACGAGCAGGAAAGACACUGCUGUACCAUGGUUGCCGUGACGUUUAUGUCGCUGUUUUUCUGCAGCAUGGUGCUGGGUGUGGUGAUUGUGAAUGCGGGUUUGAGGCGCAGGCGGGAGAUGGAGGGUUUAAAUGGUGUUUAA